AUGUUGAGAAAAUUUCUGCUUCAAGCUUCCACUCGUCGUAAUUUUACAGCUUCUUCUUCAUCAUCAUUCGCAUUCUUUCGACAAUGUUCCUCAUCCUCUCAAAUUCCAAACAGUCAUUUCGUCGAACACUUGGAGGACUCCGCAGAAUCCCCACCUUCUGCUACAAUUUCCAUCGACCGCACAGCCUUGUAUAAUCCUCCUGAGCAUUCACACGAACAGUCUGCUGAGUCUGAGCUCGUUAAGCACCUCAAGAAUAUCAUCAAGUUUAGAGGGGGGCCAAUCACUGUGGCUGAGUAUAUGGAGGAAGUCUUGACGAAUCCAAAGGCGGGGUAUUAUAUUAAUCGAGAUGUGUUUGGAGCAGAUGGUGAUUUCAUUACCUCCCCAGAAGUGAGCCAAAUGUUUGGAGAGAUGAUUGGUGUUUGGGCAAUGUGCCUCUGGGAGCAAAUGGGAAAGCCAAAUAAAGUAAACUUAGUUGAGCUUGGACCAGGGAGAGGAACUCUCUUGGCUGAUCUUCUACGUGGUGCGACAAAGUUCAAGAAUUUCACGGAUUCUCUGCACAUUCAUAUGGUUGAAUGUAGCCCAACAUUACAAAAACUCCAGUAUCAGAACUUGAAGUGUAUGACUGAGAAUAGUUCUGAUGGGAAUGAGGAAAAAAGGAUUAAGAGCACAAUAGCUGGGGCCCCUGUAUCCUGGCAUGCAUCGCUCGAGCAGGUUCCUACAGGAUUGCCUACAAUCAUCGUUGCUCAUGAAUUCUUUGAUGCUCUACCCCUGCACCAAUUUCAGAAAGCUUCUCGUGGUUGGUGUGAGAAGAUGGUUGAUGUUACUGAAAAUUCGUCGUUUCGUUUUGUUUUAUCUCCACAGCCCACACCUGCAACUCUCUAUCUCAUGAAGCGCUGCAAAUGGGCUGACUCUGAAGAAAUUGCCAAGCUUGAUCAUAUCGAGGUCUGCCCCAAGGCAAUGGAUUUGACCCAAGAAAUUUCCAAAAGAAUAGGCAUCGAUGGUGGUGGUGCUCUCAUAAUUGAUUAUGGCCUCAAUGGAAUAGUCUCAAAUAGUCUUCAGGCAAUUCGAAAGCACAAGUUUGUUGACAUACUGGAUAAUCCUGGCUCAGCCGAUCUCAGUGCGUAUGUUGAUUUUGCUGCAAUUAAGCACUCUGCUGAGGAAGUUUCAGGUGUGUCUGUCCAUGGCCCGAUGACCCAGUCUCAGUUUCUUGGUUCUCUUGGAAUUAAUUUUCGGGUUGAAGCACUGUUGGAAAACUGCACAGAAGAACAGGCUGAAUCUCUAAGGACAGGAUAUUGGCGUCUGGUUGGUGAAGGUGAAGCACCAUUUUGGGAGGGUCCUGACAAUCAAACUCCUAUAGGCAUGGGUACUCGGUAUUUAGCUAUGGCAAUUGUGAACCAGAAACAAGGCGUUCCAGUACCAUUUCAGUAA